UAAUGAAAAAUUUCUCUUAGUUUUUAUCUGAAAAUUUACAGGAAGGGAAUGAAAUCAAACCAAAACCUGAUUUUUCAAAAUAUUAAUUUUGGGGAUUAUACUUUUCUGCAAGUUGGUGUCCUCCUUGUCGAUAAUUUACAGGGAUGUUAAAAAAUUUUUAUGAUGAAAUAAGAAAAUCAAAAACUUUUGAGAUUGUGUUAGUUACUCAUGAUGAGAAUGAAAGAGAUUUCAUGAAAUAUUAUUAAAAAAUGCCUUGGUUGGCAAUUCCAUGGUCUGAAAAGAUGGCUAUAAGUUAUUUGACAAGAAUUUGCAAGCCAUAAACAAUACCACAUCUAUGUAUAUUUGAUUAGGAUGGUAAUUAUGUUACAUGUGGAGCCAGAGAUGAUAUUGCUAUGUAUGGAAUGAAGGCUUGGAAUCAUUGGGAAGACAUUGCUGAAGAAAGAAGGAAAUAUAGAUAAAAAUGAUU